AUGGCUCCUACGAACGUCGAUCUCACUAAUAAGCCGCGUGAGAAUGACGAGUUGGAUGAGGAGCUACGGACUCUCUCAUACCACCGGGCUCUUGCUUAUGAUGCUUUAACACGAAACUCUCGCAAGAUGGCAGAUUCGCAUCAGAAGAAGAAAAGGAAUGACCCCAGGCAAGCCCGGACUUACCCCCCUACCUCGCGUUCGGUCUCGCCCGCCCCUACUUUGAACAAGGCGAGCAGGCAAGAUGUAAUAGAAGAUAAAGAGGUACGCGGGAGCUCUAUUAUCUGGCAACCGCAAAAGCCAUCCUAUGUGCUGGCUUCACGCAAGUCGGAAAUAGAUAUCAGCAAUAAUACAAAUCUCACUCAGUCCGAGUAUCGGCCGCAUUCAACACCCCCAAAGCAGCGGAAGGGGGCCCAAACCAGGUAUGGUCCUAUCAACCAGAGCGGUAGCCAACGAAGGCCGUCAUUAGGAGAAGUCCAUGGGACACCCAUGAGGCAAAGUGCUAAGAACGAUGAUGUCCGUAGCGAACUUGGUGGCGAUAUAUACCCGCCCACCCCUCAAACUACAGACCCAGCUAUACGAAAUGAUGUUCAACCCUUACACAUCACCGAACAAUUAGUUCAGUACUACCGGAAUGCUAGCUAUGAUGAUUAUAGCCCAGGACCGAUACAAGAAUCUCACAUCAAUCUAACCAGCACGUACGCUCCGGAAUCUAUUAGUCGCCCUUCAUCCAUAACUUCAACUGUCAGUCGAGGCCGACGCAUGUCGCGUGCCCGGGCUUCGUCUUCUACGUCUACUACAUGUUCUUCUUAUUGCCCUUCUGUUACAUCUACCCAAAAGCUUACCCGUCCGCCGAGCCCCUCGCGCGGGUCUUGGAUAUCAGACCACCCGCAGCAGGAACAGCUGUCGUUUAGAGAACGUGCGUCUCACCAAUUUAGUAAAGGCCUACAUCUAAACUUACGACGGGCAGGCAUUGAGCCGGAAUCUAGCUUCAUAGUGCAUAGCGUAGUGAAGAAAUCUACUGAUUAUGUGCCCGCGUCGAGGGCAACGCCCGCAGCGCCACCCUCACCGCUGGCGACUCCUACUCCUACUCCCACUUCUCCCACCAUCCCUUGGGAGCCGCCGAACACUGCCGUGCCGUUUGCGCUGGAAUUGCACAAUAUAAAUAGUAUGUUAGGAGCCUCCGAGGACGAAGACGAAGUAGAUACGGGGGGUGACAAGAAUAAAGAUACUGUCGACAACGAUGAUGCGACGCAUUCGUUGCAGUACAUAGAAAAAGUAGAGGAAAGGAUGCGGAGAAUUCGGCAGCAGCAACGGUCCUUGGCAGAGAUGCGUAGGGCGCCAGCUAUCCUUGGAGCUGAUGCGCCAAGCAAAAGUGGCAAAAGUAGCGGUAGCAAUAAAUCGCUAUUCCUACAUGACACAAGGGGAACAAGACCUACCUCCGACUCGUUCUUCGCAACCGAAUGGUCGCGCCAACAAGCGGAGGAACUGGCGGCCCCCUUACGGCUAUUAAACCCUUUCCGCCUCGACCCGUUUGAUUUCGACGCGGAGGUAUCUCAACCAGGUAGUCUAAGCAGAGCCUCGGAGGCCCCGCGCGACGACCGAAUCAAACUACCCAGCCAGUCCAGACGGGGUUCCUACCACUCUCUGCUCGUAGCCGGGGCUUUGACCAAGUCGCCCGAGCAGAUGUCGCCGGCGGAGACGGGCACGAGGCCGGCCGAACGCCACUUGCUGAAGCGGAAGCGGGGGAUGACGGCGUUGCGAUGAUUGGCGUGAAAUUGAGGGUGGCUGCCUAUGAGGUAGGUGUGUAUAUUGUUAUAGGGGGUUGGAUUGUUUGGGAUAUCAUGGUAGAUCGGUGGCGGCACAAUUUGUAUAUAAAGCUCGCUGUAAUGACUGUAACGCCGACACGAUAGCUUAUGUUUUUUCUUUGCGAAGUUAUAUAGUUACAAGUUGGAAACUGCUGUUUAUAUAAUCUCU